AUGGAUAGCCGCGUUAGAGCUUCUCAUAUUCUUUUAAAGCACACAGGAUCCAGAAAUCCUAAUGACUCUUACAGAAAACGCCCUGUUACUCGUUCUUUUGAAGAAGCAAAAGCUGGAAUUGAGCGGGUUCAAAAGCGUCUGGCAGCUGGAGAAAGGUUUGAUGCAAUUGCAAGAGAACUCAGUGAGUGUGGAAGUGCAGCAAACGGAGGAGAUCUUGGAUUUUUCACUAGAGGACAAAUGCAAAAACCAUUUGAGGAUGCCGCUUUCGAAUUGCAGCCUGGCCAGAUGUCUGGGCCAGUGGUUUCUGAUUCUGGGAUUCAUAUCAUUUUAAGAACAGGUAAAGUUUAAGUUUAAUAAACUACUCUUCAAGUCCCUAAUUGAUUCGACUUGGACCAACAGCUCUUAUUAAUAGUAAAUGAGACACGUCUACCUCCAGCCCGAUAGCUCAGCAAAUUAUCCAAAACAUCAAAUAGGUUUUGAGAAAUUUCUGGAAGUCAUUUUAGCCAAAAAAGCAUUAGGUCUGUUUUUGAAAAAAAUAUUAAAGUUGAAUAAAAUAAAUUUUUAAUAUGAAAUUGUAACCAGCUUGUAAUAAUUUUUAUUUAAUAGAUAUAAAUAAAUGGUAUGAAGUCAGACUUGCCAAAUGCUAAGGUGUCUAAAAAGUGAAAUAUAGUUGGAGAUAAGAAAUUUGUAUAAGUCGAGAUCUUAGGAUACUGGUAAGUGGCGCUAAAAUUGACAGAAAUUUUGGUAAACCCUUCUAAGCCUUCAAUAUAAAACAAUGCAAGUCGAUCAACUAAAAUAUGAUGAGUUGGAGUGGUCUAAAUAAAAGUACUAUUUCCUAAUAUCUUCAGACAAUGUAAAAAUAUAUAUAUAAAUUUCAGUGUCGUGAUUAUGAAAUCAUUUGUAGUAUAGAGAUUAAAACCGCAGCAUGGUAGGUUAUGAGAAAUAUUAGGAAGCCGAAAUAGGCAUUGCCAAUUCAAAAAAAUUAAAUUAAUAUUUAGAGAUAUUUAAAAUUUGUAUCAAUGAGUCUGUUCUUUCUGAAAUAAAUUUUAGAUUGAGAAGUCAAUAAAAAUGCAUAUAGUAAUACUCCAGAUCCUUUUUAGUCUUUUGCUUCAAGCCUGCUCUAACUUGUGAUUCGUUGUUUGCCUUAGAAUUCCAAAAUCUUGGCUAUGAAAAGCAAUUGAAUGGCUAUAUCCUAAUGUUGGGAAUUGCCUAUAAGUUACUCAGCCAUCUUUAGAUACUUCUAUAGCUUUAGCUUGAUUAUUUUGAAAUUGCAUUUAGAAUAUAUAGUACACCCCCCCUCGUUUGUCGCAUUUUCUAGUUUUUUUUUAAGGGAAAAAAAAAAAAUUUACAGGACCUCGUUUGUCGCAUUUUCUAGUGCAAAUACAUUUGUCGCAAUUUCUAGUUUUUUUAAUUUUUUUUUGAUGUCGCAAAUCUUAGUUUUUUUUAAAAAAUAGUUUCUGAUUAAUUUAAUUGAGUAAUUAUAGAGGAGUUUACCUUACAUUUGCCUGCAGAGGGUUAGCAGGCCCGAGUCCUUCCCAGUCCUUCCCACUUUACUCUCCCCUUUUUAGAGAAUAGAUUAAAUUAGCUUAUUAACUCCAUUCUCCUUGCGCUUCAAUGACCUGCCUUGCUCUUUCAUUUUUCACCUUAAGAAUGGAAUUUUGCACUUCCUCAAAAGAAAUUUCGUCCCAUGACUCCUGAAUGGCAGCAAUUAGUCUGGCUUUGCUGUCAGGCCUUCUUUUCUCCACUUUCCUCUUCAAAUUGGCCCAGAUCUGGGCUCUUCGGCGAUUGAGUCUUCACAUCAAUCCGUUUUCUCUCUGCAAUAUUCCAUAGUCUGCCUGGCAGUAUGGGCUGUUGCCCCAUCCUGAACGAAGGUGUAGUCUCCAUCUAAAGGCUCAAUAUAGCCCUGGAGAAUGUCUCUGAUAUAGACCUGGGCAUUGAUUGCAUACUUCUCCUUCUUUAUGAAGAGCAUUUUGCCAAAAACGAUAGAAAUUCCUCCCCAGAUCAUAAUUGAGGUUUUUCAAUUGAUAGGCUCUUCAAUCGUUGCGUUUAUCCCUUCUUUGCACAAAUUAGAGUUACGAAAGAGAUGCACAUAGCACUCAUCACUGAAGAUCCAUGAAGCGAUAUCUGAGUCAAUCAAAGACCUAGCCCAGGACAUUCUCUGCUCUUUAUGAGCUUCAGUUAGCUGUAGAACAACCCUCUUCUUCCUAUAGAUAUAUCCCCUCUUCUUCAGCUCUCUUUUCCUAGCUGUUCUUCGCUGAUGUCAACUGUCUUUCUUUUGAAUUGGGCCCUCAAGCUUGCCUUUUCUCACAUUCCUUAAUGACCUCAGCAAAGUCUUCAUCACUUCAAUGCUUUAGGGGAGAUCUGGAUAGUGCCUCUUCUCUUCCAGCCGCUUCGUCAGAUUCACUCUCAGUAUUCUCUGCAGCAAUUCGCUCAAUAGUCCGUUUAGAAGUCCCCAAGAUUGUCGCAAGUUCUUCGUUUUUAAAGAAACCUACGUCAAUGAUCCUCUUGACUAUGCUCUCUCCAUCAUUCCAUUUUCUUAGGAGGAGGCGAUAGUCCAUGGUCCACAAGCUUCCGCCUGAGCUCUAAAGUGUGCUCUUCAGGAUUGAACUUGUUGGUGUAGUGCCUGAUCGUCGUCAGGCUCAUGUCCUUGCCACAAGCAGCAAGACGCUCUUGGAUCUGCUUUGCAUUGAGCCUCUCUCCAUAGGCCAUGCUUUGAAUCAUUGCCGGGAUUUUUAUCGGCUGGUCCUCAAUUUCGCGCAACUCCAUUAAUUAAUAUGGAAGACUAGAAAUUAAGCUAUCAAAUAAGGAAAUAGGCAUGAAGAUAGGGGAAUAAGAAUGGUGAAUGGCAAGUGGUGAGGCUUAAGCAAUGGGAGCAGGUAAUGGGAAGCAAGCUGUGGGGAUUGAGGAAUGGGAGCAAGGAUUUUGAAGGAAGAAAUGAUGAAAUUUCACUAACUGAUCCCUUGACGAAUUUUAAUUUUUUAGGAUUUUAUAGAGAGAAAAAAAAACUAGAAAAUGCGACAAGCGAGGUCCUGAACCGAUUUUUUUUUGGCUUAAAAAAAAAACUAGAAAAUGCGACAAAUGAGGUCCUGAAAAUUUUUUUUUCUCUUAUAAACAAAAACUAGAAAAUGCGACAAAUGGCAAAAAACUAGAAAAUGCGACAAACGAGGGGGGGGUACUAUAUAUUGAUAAAUUUUCCUCGGUCCUGUCAUCACCUGCAUAGCCCCUAUAUCUCUAUCAUAAAAUUCUAUCUUAGCCCUAACUGCCAUUUAAAUUGUGAAGAGCAGGUUAA